UUCACGUUUUCUUUCCCUAGACGCAGCGCGCGCCUGACAUUUGCGCUUAUUAGAAGCUUUGUUAGUUAUAUUAGUUAAAAUCCAUUCUAGUAUUCCUUUCUCAUUCCAGAAGAAGAACAGAAGCCCUAAAAAGCUGAGUUUAGUCUCUCUAAAUCAAUGGCGGAAUCAGGCACUGAUGCAAAGACAAAGCUGAUAGUAGAGCUUGUACUCUCCGCUGCUACGGCAGCUUUAGGGAUGGUUUUCAUAUUCGCUGGGCUUCGUCAUCUCGAUCCCAAUCGCGAAGCUUCUAAGAGAGCUCUCGAAUCCCGCAAACAGCUCUCUAAACGCUUAGGUCGUCCUCUUAUCCACACCACUCCUUAUGAGGAUAUGAUUGCUGGAGAUGUUGUGAAUCCAGACCACAUAGAUGUGGAGUUUGAUUCGAUUGGGGGGCUGGAUGGGAUUAAGGAUACUUUGUUUCAGCUGGCCAUUUUACCUCUGCGAAGGCCUGAAUUGUUUUGUCAUGGGAAAUUGCUUGGUCCAAUGAAAGGGGUUCUGUUGUAUGGACCACCCGGGACAGGGAAGACAAUGCUUGCUAAAGCCAUUGCAAAAGAGUCUGGUGCUGUGUUCAUAAAUGUGAAGGUUUCUACUCUCAUGAGCAAGUGGUUUGGUGAUGCGCAAAAGCUUGUUGCUGCUAUUUUUGGUUUGGCCUAUAAGCUCCAGCCUGCUAUAAUAUUUAUUGAUGAAGUUGACAGCUUUUUGGGCCAGCGUCGUGCAAGUGAGACUGAAAUACUGACUAGCAUGAAAACUGAGUUCAUGGCCUUAUGGGAUGGUUUUACUACUGAUCAGAAUGCUAGAGUUAUGGUCCUGGCAGCAACCAAUCGCCCAACUGACCUUGAUGAGGCAAUACUUAGGCGCUUUUCUCAGUCAUUUGAGAUUGGGAGGCCUUCCCUUAGUGAUAGAACAAAGAUAUUUAAGGUAGUUUUGAAGGGUGAGAGAAUUGAAGAUAACGUUGACUUUGAUCGACUUGCUGGCUUGUGUGAGGGAUACACUGGUUCAGACAUUCUCGAGGCCUGCAAGCUAGCUGCCUUUAUUCCUCUUAGGGAGUAUUUGCACGAUGAGAAGAAAGGAAAGCAAUCACAGGCACCAAGGCCAUUGUCACAGUCUGAUCUAGAGACAGCUUUAACUGAAUCAAAGAAGACCAAGAUUACUGCUAGGAAACCUGCUGUAGUGAGCUUUCGGUUGGAUGAUUAUGAGGAUUUAGACUAAAGCUGGCUCCAGCAGGAGGUAGUAUGGUGUUCAAGUGAUGACUAUAGGCAUCUAUUGAUGAGAUCAUUCCAUAGGCCUUUUCCAUUCGGAGAAUCUCAAUGCUCUAACCUGCUUAGGAAUUUGGAAGAUAGAUAGAUCAUUUAACUUCAUUGUUUCAAUGUUGUAAAUACCAUGAAAAAAUAGAGGAGUUGCAUUAGUACAAGCUCAUUUAACUUCAUUGUCUUUGGAAGGAUCCAAAUGAUUGCUAUUCCUGAUAAUUUGAAUGAUGGAAAAGAACUCAAGUGCAGCUUUAUUCCUUCUUAUUUCUGUAACAA